AUGUCUGGACGAGGAAAGGGCGCAGGUAAAGCCAGAGCUAAGGCCAAGUCCCGCUCCUCCAGGGCCGGGCUGCAGUUCCCCGUGGGCCGUGUGCACAGGCUGCUGAGGAAGGGUAACUACGCCCAGCGCGUCGGUGCCGGAGCCCCCGUGUAUCUGGCCGCGCUGGCCGUCCGCAACGACGAGGAGCUCAACAAGCUGCUGGGAGGAGUGACCAUCGCCCAGGGAGGAGUGCUGCCCAACAUCCAGGCCGUUCUCCUGCCCAAGAAGACCGAGAAGGCAAAGUAA